UCUCGGACUAAAUCUAAAGUUAAAACAUCUUAAACUGUGUUCCGAAGAUGAACGGAGGUCUUCCGAGUUUAGAACGACAUAAGGGUAAGUCAUUAAUGACAUUAUUUUCAGUUUUGGGCGAACUAUCGUUAUUCAGUAGUCACGUUGUUCCCUUUGGGGGCGGAGGCGAAAACACAAGCUUAUACAGUAUGUAAAUAUACACACAGACAAUGACGCCCCCCGCUGCACGCUAGAAUCUCCGGAAAAACAGCCUAUUUCAACCGCAAAAUUUACGCUUUUAAAUAUACAUAAACUGCUAUCUCAAACAUGGAGAGGCUUCUUCGUGAUCUCAACUAACAGAUUCUGCAAUAAAACGAAAAUCACAAAUAAAAAAAAAAAAACUUUGAUUCUCAUUUUCUCGAAACUUGUGCUGCCGACUUGUGUCCCUGGUUUCCGUGACGGGUCACAUUUACUAAAGACGCACAGUUGAUAAUAAGUUUUCAGAAACUUUUGUUUGCGCCCUUCGUUUACAUGCAAACAGAGAACUCGCCUCUGAAUCCGAUUCUUUCUAAAAACUCAGAGUGGAGAUUUGGAAAAUCUUCGGUUACACGGUUGCAUGUAAAUGGAUGUUUAGGCAGCCAACGUCACAGUAUGCGCCAGAGCUUGCACCUACGCCAAAAGUGCGACCUUGUUCAAAGAGGAACAAUAAAGAUAUCAAGAUUAUAUUUUCACAGAAUUUUUUACAUUAUGUAGGGUGAUUUUAUGUAGAAAACAGUGAAUCACGAAAUUAAAUUUAGCUGGGUUUACAAAUUCAGCAUCAUAAAGAGUUUACAUUAACCUUCCAUCAAUAGCUCACACACUGCAUUCAUUUAUAAACAUACAUUUGUGUAACAUCAAUACAACAUGGCUGAUGAGAAUAAUAAAGCACCAAAUACCAAAAGAUUUGGCAUGUAAGUAUAGUUUUUUGUUUCCUAAUGAUUCAACUAUGCAUUUAAACUGUAAAUAGAAAAAACAUUACCAAACCAGACAAAGAUUUUUUUUAAAGACAACCAUUAUCUGUUGCAGAAAAUAAAAUGAAUACAUGUGACAAAAAUUUUACAAUUGAAAUGGAAAUAUUUCACAACAACACCAUGCCAAAUGCAUCAAACUACAACAGGGAUGAGAAAGAAUUCAUAAACAACAUUAUAAACUGUGCAGAGAAACCUGUGACCGACAAAUCUGGGAAAUUUGCCAUAGUUGUGGUUAUGAUAGAUGUAAGCAUUAUGGCAGAUGUUUAUAUGCCAAUCAGCACUUCAAAGCUACUUAAUGAUCCAAAUGCACCACAUAUAUGGAUCCCAUUGGAGGCUUUCCUAAAUGUCUUAGAAGCAGAGACCAAAGUUGGUGUAGUUGUCUACAAUUCUGAUGAGCAAUUCACUCUUGGACUGGGAAAUGCAAUUAUAACAUCUGAAGUUGUCCGGAUUGAAGUUCCUGGCCGUGCCAUUGUGAAUUUGAACGAUCAACUUAUAAUUCAGUUCCCAGUCAAAAAGACAACUAAAAACGGCACAUAUUCUUGUCAGUUCUAUGAUGAAAAAGGUACAGAAAACACCUGGAAAAAUGACGGGUGUUCCACUGAACAGAUCAGUGAUACUGUUGUGAAUUGUUCCUGUAAUCAUAUGACUGCAUUUGCUGUGCUUCUGAUUGAUAUACAGAACAUUGAUGAACAACAGUGGGAAAUCAUGUCAUACAUCAGCUAUAUAGGCUGCAGUCUGUCUGCUGUAUUUUCUGCUUUCUCCAUAUUGUCCUAUAUUGUUAACAGUAAUGCCAGGAAAGAAGUGUCCAGACGCAUCCAUGUGUCUCUGAGCGCUGCUCUGUUUCUCCUCAACAUCAGCUUCAUGCUCAGUGAAUGGGCCGCCACACUGAAUAUAAAUGAAGUUUGUGUGUUUAUUGCUGUGAUGAUACACUACAGUCUGUUGUGUUGUUUCACCUGGAUGGCCAUUGAAGCUCUGCACCUCUAUCUUCUUCUGGUCAGAGUCUUCAACAUUCACAUCAAGCACUACAUGGUCAAGCUCUCUCUCAUUGGAUGGGGAGUCCCGGCUCUUCUUGUUGGAUGCUUGCUAUUAGUUCAUAGCAGUGGAUCUGUGUAUGGUACUAAAAAUAUCACAUUAUCAGAUACCAAUAAAACAAAUGCAAUCUGCUGGACAACAAGUGAUGUCAUCCCUUAUGCUGUGAACAUUUCCUACUUUAUCCUUGUAUUCCUGUUCAACUCUGUAAUCCUGAUCCUAGUGUCCAGAUUAAUCUUUAGGCUACGAAUAUCAGACAACAGACCAAAGAGCAAAACCGCUUGCAAAAAUGCCAGCACAGUUCUUGGUUUAAUGUGUCUGCUGGGGACCACGUGGGGUUUGGCCUUUUUCACUUCUGGAUAUACAAACUAUCCUAUUCUUUACCUCUUCUGCAUCUUCAACUCAACGCAAGGGUUUUACAUCUUUCUGUGGAUGUGUCUGAAAGGGAGGACCAAAAAACAGCACAAAAAUAUGACGACUGCAACCACUGACAGCCAUAAACACAACACCUAACCUUAAAUCACUUUUCAAAUCAACAGGUUUUAAGAAAUCAGUUUCAAACCAAAGUGAUAUACAGUAUACAGUAAUUUAUUUAAAUAAAAAUAAUAAAUAAAAAAGUAUUUACUCUAUGGUUUAAAAUUGUUUA